CUCGCCUGCGCCUGUCAUCUAACCCCCUGGCGAUCUAUUUAAAGCAAGAGGCCUGGUUGGAUUUUCUCUCAACCUAUUUAUGAAUCCCUUGGACUUGGCAAGGGGGUCUGCGGAGCAUUAACGCCCCGCUCGGGAACAAUCGGGAGAGCGAGGGACGUGGCUCCCUUGCAGCGCCGUCGCCAAGGGACCCCCGGGACCGGCAGAGGAGAGCAUGAAGGCCUCCCAGGCACUCCUGGUCUGCUCUUCCCUGGCGUUGCUGCUCCAGCCCGGCUCCCUCCAGCCCUACCUUCGCCUCCGGCCUUCGCCUAGCGACAACCUGCCCAUCAAGGAUAUUAUCGAGCAUCCGGAUCCAGAGUAUGACCCCAAGGAGCAAGAUUUGGAUGAUCGGACUUUGCGCAAGAAGCUGGGGAGCAAUUUUGACCCCAACUUCAUGUCGGUGGCGGCGCCGGCGCAGGGGAACGUCUCCAGCUUGGAGCCCUUGCACAGGUUCAAGGGACAGGGACCUUUGCCCGGGGAGCUGAAGAAGCUGGACCUUGGCGAGACGCCGUAUAGGACCAAGGUCAAGAUGGGCAAAAAAGCCCGCCGGAAAUUUCUUCAGUGGCUUUGGGCGUAUACCUACUGCCCGGUGAUGUAUACUUGGAAGGACCUGGGCAGCCGAUUUUGGCCUCGGUACAUCAAGGAAGGGAACUGCUUGGCGGAAAGGUCCUGUUCCUUUCCGGAGGGUAUGUCCUGCAAACCCAUCAGGUCUGUCACCAAGACGUUCCUGAGAUGGUACUGCCAAGGAUGGUCCAGGCAAAAAUACUGCACAUGGAUCCCCGUUCAGUAUCCAGUGAUUUCAGAGUGCAAGUGCUCCUGUUAAUUAUGGGGAGGGGGGCAGGCUGAAGACUUAGGGGACGUCCCCACUCCUGGAUGCGUGGUGUGUGGUUAUGUGGCCUAGGUCCAGAAAACCUCCGCUGGGAGUCAUGCUAGGGCCUUGGGAUGGGGGACGUUGGCGAGGAAGUAAGGCUGCACCGAUCCGACAGACGGGAAUCCAUCCGGAAGGCUGAAGCAUCCAGAGAGGGUGGCCAGGGAUUCAAGCCAUCUUGGUUAACGGACUUGACAGGUGCCAAUCAUCCUGCAACCCUGAGCAAAGCUUGGACGGUUGAAUUGAAAACUUGUUGCCUACUUAGUGUCGCUUUGACAAAGAGACGUACAGACACGGAUCUGUGUUCGCAAGACACUUUGCUUAUUCAUUUCUCUGUCCUCUUCCCCACCCGCCGCCCCCUCAGCCCCUUGCA